AUGGGCCCAAACCAGACGAAGCGAGUUGAGUGGCUGAGGGACGUCCUUGCGUUGCGAAAGGUGCAGCAGCGCAUCCGGGAGUUGGAGAAGCUCAAGAAGGACCUGGACCUAGCCCCAAAGUUGCUGAACCUCCAGAAGGAGCUGAACAAGCGAGUGGUCGGCCAGGAGGAAGCCACCGCAGCGGUGGCUCGUGCGAUCCUCCGCAGCGCGGCCCGGCUGUCACGGAGGAAUCAGCCCACAGGCUCCUUCCUUUUUGCCGGACCCACGGGGGUUGGCAAGACCGAACUGGCAAAGGCUUUGGCAUCGGAGCUCUUCGACAGCGAGACCAAGAUGAUCCGUUUCGACAUGUCGGAGUACAUGGAGCAGCAUGCCGUGGCACGCCUCAUUGGGGCGCCCCCGGGCUAUGUGGGCCAUGAGCAGGGUGGUCAGCUCACUGAGGCCCUGAGGCGUCACCCCUACAGCGUGGUGCUCUUCGACGAAAUGGAGAAGGCGCACCCCAACGUGCUGAACGUGCUCUUGCAGCUGCUGGACGAUGGCCGCAUCACCGACAGCCAUGGCAGGACCGUGGACUGCAGCAACUGCGUGGUGAUCAUGACCUCCAACCUCGGCUCCGAGCACCUGAUGCGCCAUACGACGGAGGAGAUGGAAAAGGCGAAGGGCAUGGUGCUCCAGGUGAUCCGGGCUAGUCUGAGGCCGGAGCUGCUGAAUCGCCUGGACGACAUCGUGGUGUUCCACCCCUUGAGCCGAAAAGUCCUCCAGCAGGUAGUGCGCCUGCAGCUCAAGGACGUUCUCGCCAGACUGGAUGAGUUGGAGGUGUCCUUGACUGUCACGGACGCUGCGGUGAGCUACGUCCUCAAGGAGGCCUUCGACCCGGAGCUGGGCGCGAGGCCUCUGAAGCGGUUCUUGGAGCGGCACUUGGUCACCCGACUCAGCACCCUGGUCUUGGAAGACAAGCUCCCGCCCGGCAGCACCGUCGCGGUGGACCGUGCCCUGCGGGACGGCGUGGAAGACUGGGACUUUCAGAUCACCCCUGGGGAGAGGCAGAACGAGCAAUAGACAUUUCCAACCUGAAGAUGUGAUGCAGAGGUGCCGGUUGGGGAGCCACAGAGAGCACAACAUGGAGAAUAGAAU